UCCACCAUCUCACGUCGUAGCUCUGCCAACAUUCUACUGUACCUCAUACUGUCACCUCACUGCGCGACAACUCCGGAGGGAGAGAGAGAGACCGGACUCAUUUUUGGGAAGAGAGAAGGAACGAAGGAGAAUAAAGACUAUUGAGUGUUUUUUUUUUUCUCAAUCAAACUGACCGACGAGACUAGUUGACCUGUGGCCUCAGAGUGGGGAGUGUGUCCAAGUCUCCCCCUUCGAAACGACGUUGUACAGACAUCUACUGACCUACUGUAAACAUGUGGAGGAAAAAGACAUGGAAGUAUUAUUGUGGUGACGUUUUACGAGGUGUUCUUUCUUUUCUGAAAGGCCGGUGUUUUUGUUUAUCAGCCGAGGCGGUGUUUAUGUCUUUGUUGUUGUUGGUUUCUUCUGUCAGAGCAGAGGAAGAGUGCCCGUUAUCCUGUAUCUGUGCCAGAGACUCCGGGACGGUGACCUGCCGGGACGGCGAACACACUGAGUUAUCGGGUGACAUACCGGCGUGGGCGACCACGUUAAUACUCAGGGGGAACAACAUCUCAACGUUACCGGGAGGAGCGUUCUCCUCGAAUAACGGGACGGAGCUCGAGCUAACGACCCUCUCACUGUCACAUAACGGGAUCGUGGUGAUCGAGGCUGACGCUUUCAUGGGACUCUCCAGGUUGCAUUUGCUGGAUUUGAGCCACAACCCGUUGGUGUACAUCUCAGACCGAGCGUUUCACGGUCUCGGGGAGCUCCGCUCUCUUUACCUGAACAACUCGCUCCUUGCUCCAGCCGCGGCGCAGCUCUCCAACGCGCUGCAGGGUACCGAAACGUUACGCAACCUCCAACGGCUGGAGCUGUCAGGCAACCGGUUGAAAACCAUACCCAUCUCGCGGUUGGACGCGUUCAACCUCCACACUUUAGUUCUCACCAACAACUCCAUCGAGAACAUUGGUAAGGAGAACAUAUCUAGUUUGUACCAUCACAAGAGAGUGCGCAUUUAUUUGUCACUGAAUCCUUUCAGGUGUAACUGUGAGCUUGAGUCGUUCUACUUCUGGUUAAAGAACUCUUCUCAGUGCGCGGACGCUGCGCGCCUCCUAUGCGCUGAGCCUGAUGCCAAGAAGGGGAUUCCACUGGAGCGGUUACGCGGCGAGGACGUGGGUUGUCUCAAUGAGAACUUAGAGGCGGUGUCCUACGUGUUCCUGGGGAUAGUCCUGGCGCUGAUCGGGAUAGUGUUCCUCAUGGUGCUUUAUCUAAACCGGAGAGGAAUCAAACGGUGGCUCAACAACAUCCGCGAUGCGUGCCGCGACCAGAUGGAAGUCUACCAUUACCGGUACGAGCAGGACUCUGAUCCCCGGUUGGCUAACGUCGCCGUUUAACGUUCAACGUCCACUCCUCAAUCUAUGCCAUUAUCAACCGUUUUUUUUUUUAAUGUACAGAGUAAACUGUUUCAUGAACGGAUGAACAAUUAGUAUCAGUUUGUUCUCAACUGAUAUCAACUGUAGUUGCUUAUAAUAUGUAGCCAAUGACAUUGGAAAGCAACACACUUCAUUAUUCAAGAGGGACAAUACAUUGUGCGUUCAAGAGAAGUGAUCAAUAUGGACCUUUGUACAUAUCUGUGAAUUUACAUUUCUGUAAAUAUACCAUUUACAACACAAAAGAGAACAUGGUUAUCUUCCAUUAAAAUAUAAAUGUACUCUAGGCCGCUUUAGUUGAGUGACUAGCUUCACAACAGAAUAAAUAGUUUGAGUUCCUUCUACAGAUUAUUCUGAACUACUGUAUCAGUAUGAAGAUACAGAAAAGUACAUGUAUAAACUGGAAUAACAGUAGAAAAGGUAUCUAUUAUU